CACACGCUGCCGUUCUCCUCUCUCUUUGAUGACAGAACUUUUGGCAGGAGUUUGCACAUUGACCUUGUCAUCCUGGCUGCGUUCCAUCCUGAAUGGCCAUCGCUGCUGAAAUACUACAGCCACACGGACGGUGUCAGCUGGCUUGAAGAGUACAAAGCACGGCACAAUGCUGGUCUAGAAGCCCAGCGGAUUGUAGCUUCGUUCUCCAAAAGGUUCUUUUCAGAGCACGUCCCCUGUGAUGGAUUCAGUGACAUUGAGACUCUCGGGUGCCCAAGUCAUUUUUUUGAGGAUGAGCUGAUGUGUAUCCUUAACAUGGAAGGAAGGAAAGGUCUCACCUGGAAGUACUAUGCAAAGAAAAUUCUAUACUUCCUACGGCAACAGAAUAUAUUAAAAAAUCUGAAGGAGUAUCUUCAACGCCCGACUGAUCGGCAGUCAUUUUUGGAGGGUGCUGUUUUAAUUGACCAGUACUGUAACCCACUGUCAGACAUCUGCUUAAAAAGUGUCCAGGCACAGGUGGAUGAUAUCGCAGAUAAAGUGCGCAAAGUCCUGCGGACGAAAAAUCCAAGGCACCCCAGCUUGGCUUCCAAGGCAGGAGAGGUCCUGAUUCCAGAAGUGGAGCUUCAGCGGCAAGUACUUGAUGCCAUGAAUUGUGUCCUGUAUGAGCAGUUAAAAUACAAAGGGAAUGAGCUGGAUUACUACAACUCCCUGAAUUCAUACAUUCACCAGGUUUUGAUUCGCAGGACAGGAAUUCCCAUCAGUUUAUCUGUGCUUUAUUUGACAAUUGCAAGGCAGCUGGGAGUCAGACUUGAACCAGUCAACUUCCCUAGCCAUUUUCUACUGCGAUGGUGUCAAGGAAAAGAAGGAAGCACAGAUAUUUUUGACUACACCUACAUUGACGCCUUUGGGAAGGGGAAGCAGCUGACGGUGAAGGAGUGCGAGUACCUUAUUGGCCACCAUGUGACAGAGGAGUUCUAUGGAGUGGUGACUUCAAAAGAGGUCUUGCAGCGUAUGGUGGGAAAUCUCUUAAACCUUGGCAAGCGAGAAAGCACUGAUCAGUCUUACCAACUCUUGAGAGACUCGUUGGAUCUCUACCUGGCCAUGUAUCCGGACAACGUGCAGCAUCUAAUGCUCCAGGCUAGGUUAUACUUCCACCUGGGAAUCUGGCCAGAAAAGGUUCUCGACAUCUUGCAGCAUAUUCAAGCUUUGGACCCAUCCCAGCAUGGGGCUGUUGGGUACUUGGUUCAGCAUACCCUGGAGCAUAUUGAGCGCCGGAAGGAGGAGGUGGGACCUGAGGUGAAGCACCGUUCUGAUGAGAAGCACAAAGAGGUCUGCUUUUCCAUCGGGCUGAUUAUGAAACACAAGAGAUAUGGCUAUAACUGCGUGAUUUAUGGCUGGGAUCCCGCCUGCAUGAUGGGGCACGAAUGGAUCCGGAAUAUGAACGUCCACAGCCUUCCACAUGGCCCCCACCAGCCUUUCUACAACGUGCUAGUGGAAGAUGGCUCUUGCAGAUACGCUGCUCAAGAGAACCUGGAAUAUAACUCUGAGCCUCGGGAGAUCCCUCACCCUGACAUCGGCCGCUAUUUUUCAGAGUUUACCGGCAUUCACUACCUAGCAAAUACCGAGCUAGAAAUUCGGUACCCGGAGGAUUUGGAGCUCACACGUGCCACGGUUCAGAAGAUCUACAGUUCAGGCAAGGAGUGAGUGCAAAAGGCACCAUGAGGACAGAAGCAGCUGGAGUGUAGCUUUACCCUCUUUGCAAAACUUGCAUGGAAGGCAAGUUUGGUGACAAUCCUUUGGCUUAAUGCAUUGAAAACUGCAUUGAACUUCGUAACUGGUGCUAUAGCAUCUUUUCGUUGCCUGCCUGCCCAUUCUGGCCCAAAGGCACAGGGCACAUUGGUAGUGAAGGCCAAGUUCAAAGAUCUUGCAGGGACAGUCAUGCUAGGAAGCGCGUUGUCCUUUGGAAGGAUUUGCGCAUACUACUCGUCCUGUGAUUGUCUUGCCUAGAAGGUCAACGCAGUGAGAUCCCUGGUGUGGAA